AUGAUGAACUCGUUUAGCAAUUUGGAGUGUGAUGAGGUAUUUGGCAAAGAAGAUAAGUCAUUCUCGUUUCUAGAGUAUUUCUCUUAUCAAAGCGAGUUUACCAAUAAUUUCUUUGGAUUAGACGAUGAAAUUAUUUCCUCUGGCAACUACGAUUAUUACCUUCCAUCUGCCUCAAGCUUUCUGGCUUUACCUGAUCUUGAACCCAUCUCCAUCGUCUCUCAUGAAGAUUUACUUAACGAGUACGGUUCUGUUUCAUUGACUGAAAGAGAGUCAAUGUUUGAUGAACAUAAAAGAGAAGAUUUCGAUUUGGUGAAAUCGACUGAAACUGUCACGAAAAGAGGCAGAGAAGAAUGUGCUUAUAGUAGCUCUGUUGCAAAGCCAUUGUCGAAGGAAAUCAUCUCAUUGUACUAUGACAUGCCAAUAGCUCAAGCCGCUAAGGAGCUUAACAUUGGUUUAACUCUUUUGAAGAAGAAAUGUCGCGACGUUGGCAUUCAACGUUGGCCUCAUCGUAAGCGCAUGAGCCUACGAAAUCUCAUCAAAUACUAUAAGAAGUUGGAAAAAGGGGAAGGGAACGCAGAUGAGAUAAGCAACAAUUUGGAAAAGCUCGAGAAGGAGUUGAAAAUGACUGAGGAGUUUCCAGAUUUGCAGUUUGAGGAUAAGACAAAGAGAUUGAGACAGGCUUGUUUCAAGGCUAACCAUAAGAGAAAGAGAAGACUUGUCAUGUCUAAGUCGACCACAUGA